GUGGUAGGCUGUGACUUGUGAUAAUUUGUUUAUUUUUAAAUUCCAAAAUAUAUGUGAUAAAUAAAUGUAUGAUUAAUAAUUAUUGUCUGUUUUAAUUUUAUAAAAUAUCUAAUAGCUAUUAAAUAUAUAUCAUAAGUUUUAACAAACAAAUAUUAAAAAUGGACUUGUGCAGAUGUUGUCAUGCUGAAGGUUGUUUUCACAGUUUAACGGAACUUAUUAAUACGAUUACCUACGAAGAUAUGUUGAAGAUUUGCUUUGAUAUUAAGAUUUGCCAUUCACCUGAUAAUACUAGACAGUAUGCUAUAUGUAAUCGAUGUGUAAUGAAACUUCAAGAUGCAUAUUCUUUCAAAAAACAAGUGUUAGAAAAUGAACAGAGAUUUUCCGAGUACAAAAGUGUUCUAGAUACGUUUCCUGAAGUAAAAUUCGAACCACCAAGCGAUACUGUACCAAUAGAUUUUGUGACGCCAGACGGACCUGAAGAGGACUCUGAUGAUGAUAUAGAUUUAAGUACAUUAAAGAAGUUAAAAAGUAAAUCGGAUAAAAGGAUCAAAAAGGAAAAGCAUACAGAGAUAACAGAUUCGGAAAAAUCGGAUUAUCGAACAGCGGAUAUACGGAAUAUCGUCAAAAUAAUAGUGAUGUACUCCACCUCAACACCCUUCCGAUGGUCCUACAGCAAAUAUAUGUGUUUUUUCUGUGACAAAGUCUUCAUCAAAAUAUCCGAUCUGAAACAGCAUAAUUACGAACAUUUUGAGACAAAAUUGGAUGACGCAUUAAAAUGCAUAAAUACAGAGACGAAAGUUAAAUUGGAAAUCACGGACUUGGCCUGCAAAGCUUGUCCAAAGGAUAUGCUAACAUUAGAUGAUUUUCUAGAUCAUGUUACAAUAACACACAAACAGAACUUUAAUAAUGGCGUACGUUGUUCCAUCUUCGCUUUUCGAAUUACGGAUUCUGAGGCGCCAUGCCCUGAAUGUGAUCAAAAUUUCACCUUUUUCGGAAAUCUAUUGUCACACGUCUACAAGAAUCACCUAACAUCUGGCCCUUUACUCUGUGACUCCUGUGGCAAGGGCUUUUUGACAAAAUUCAUGUUGAAAAAACAUAUAAAGUUAACGCAUAGCAACACUGAGUACAGCUGUCAAAAGUGCAAUCAAACAUUCAAAACUCAUGGCGCGUAUUCGUACCACAGACUUUCACACAAGGGCGAAUUCCCUUGUCCGCAGUGUUCCGAAAAGUUCCCUUCUUGGUAUCUACGUAAACGUCACAUUGCAUUCGUCCAUGAUAAGUCCUUGCAAAUAUCCUGCGAAUUGUGUUCGAAGAAGUUCGUGAAAUAUAACUCUUUAAAAUGGCAUUUAAUGUCCGUACAUCACAAUGAUAAACCAUUUUCGUGCGAAAUGUGUGACUUUAAGUGUAUAAAUAAGACAUAUUUGAAGCGACACAUGGUAAGCCAUUUGGAUACAAGGCCAUUUCAGUGUCAUAUUUGUGUGAAAUCUUUUCAGCGGAAGGAACAUUUAGAAACACAUGUACGAAUACAUACAAACGAUAAGCGGUUUGUAUGUAGGGAAUGUGGGAAGGGAUUUGUCCAAGUGACCGGUCUCAAAGUACACGUAAGAGCACACCAUUCGAAGUCUGAUACAUAAGCCACGAAAUUGGAGAAUGGGGAGAACAAAUAUAAUAUUUCUUAUACAUAAACGGGCCUCAAACAUGAAUGUUAAAAAAUCAUUUAGUUUAUAUAGCCCCCCCCCCCUCACAUUUUGUCAGUAACAGUAAGCAAAUCUCUUGUAUGUAAAUGUAUUCAUUUUUAAUAGGAAUCCUCGAAUAUGCAUUUCGUGUUCAAGCAUAGACAAUGUGUGGGUUAUAUGUGUCAAAAAGUAAAUAAUUACUGAUGACGUAAUCACCAAAUAAGAAAUCAAAUCAUUAAUUUAAGUAAAUAAUUUUUACGCCCACAUUUUAGCAAAUUUUAAACUUACCAAAUGCAUGCGUAAAACAAUAAGUAAGCGAUAACCAAACGGCAUGUGCGCUCUGAUUGGUUGAAUAAGUCGCUAAUUUCGUAAGAUUCUAAACGGUUUGGCCGUUACGAAUAUCCGUUAGUUUAUAAAUUUACAACGAGACGUCGCAAAUUGAUAAAUUGGCGAAAACGUAACAUAACAUACUAUUUUUAAACUAGCGGAUUUUGUUGUAUUCCGGUGACAUAUAUUUAGGAAAUAAACUGAAAUGACAGUUCUCAUUAUUCGUGUGAUGUAUGUUAUAGUAUUAAGGAUUGUGAUAUUAAGCUAAUUUUUUCAUUUACGGUUACUUAAGAAACUUAAAUAUUCAUGUGAUAUUAAU